AUGACCGACAGGAAUUUUCACCAGCAGCAGCCAAUUCUAUGUUUGGCCAUCGUUGUAUUACUAGCUCUUUGCCACAAAACUACCGUAGUCAAUAGCGUUGAGUUAACAUUCGAGUUGCCAGACAACGCGAAGGAAUGUUUUCACGAGGAGAUACAAAAGAAUCAGACGGCAACAUUAGAGUUCCAGGUUGUCAGCGGUGGAAGGUACGAUGUUGAUGUUACUCUCGAGAGUCCGACCGGGGAAGAAGUCUAUCGUCAGAUAAAAACACAGUUCGAUUCGUACCAAUUCGUCGCUGCGGCCACCGGUGUUUAUGUUGCAUGUUUCAGCAACGAGUUCUCCACGUUUUCACACAAAAUUGUGUACAUGGACUUCCAAGUCGGCGAAGAACAGCCACUUCCCGGCCUAGAGGAGCAUGCGACAGUACUAACGCAGAUGGAAAAGUCAGCCCAGGAAACACAUAAGGGACUGAAUGCUAUUCUUGACUAUCAAACCCAUCAUCGGUUGCGAGAAGCACAAGGUAGGAAGCGUGCGGAAGAUCUGAACGAACGUGUCUUGUGGUGGUCGCUGACGGAGACUGCUGCAAUCCUGAUCAUAGCCAUCGGACAAGUGUUGGUGCUAAGAAACUUCUUCUCGGAAAAGAAACCAAGCCAAAUGAAUUAUCCCCUAAUGAAAUAA